UGGAGGAGGCGGGUUCUGCUCGCUGGGCUGUCCCGGCUGCAAAUGGGUAAGACGUGAGGAGAGGGGAGGAGGUUCCACUUCCACUGAGAGCCGGAAGUUGCUGUCUCCUGGGUGAACGCGGCUGUCGCAACGAGGGAAGGAGAGUGCUGGUUCACCCUCCUACAGACAUGGGGCGCAGAAAGUCAAAACGGAAGCCGCCCCCAAAGAAGAAGAUGACAGGCACCCUAGAGACCCAGUUCACCUGCCCCUUCUGCAACCAUGAGAAAUCUUGUGACGUGAAAAUGGACCGUGCCCGUAACACCGGCGUCAUCUCUUGUACCGUGUGCCUAGAGGAAUUCCAGACUCCCAUCACAUAUCUGUCAGAACCAGUCGACGUGUACAGCGAUUGGAUAGACGCCUGCGAGGCAGCCAAUCAGUAGCGAUGCAGAGGACCCACCCCCUUGGCAGCCCAGUUGCCAUGGACCGGCCCGCUGGGUACCAUUCCAGAGACAUUCCUGAGGUCCAGGGUGUGGGUCCAGGGCCCUUACAGCCGUGUGUGUGUGUGUGUGUGUGUGUGUGUGUGGAGUGGAUGUGAGUGUGAGUGUGUGGCUGCCAUGGGGGUGUGCUCAUGGACAGGGGCUGGAAUUGAGGGAUUGCUGGACUCUGGGGGCCUGAACUAUACCUCCUUUGGGUCCAAAAGCCUUUGACUUGCUCCCUCUUUUGGCCUUGGCUUCUCCAGGGGUCAAUGUCCUAACAUCCUGGGUAAGGGCAAGCCCUUCAGAGACAGCCUCAGGACUCUCCAGCCUCCUCACCCACCUCCCUAGUACCUUGCCCAUUUGAACUGGACUGCCUGCCCUCUGCCUUCCCAGGACUGUGGCCUGGGAUUCAAAGCCACAGGCCCUUCGACUGCGCCCUUGAAGGGCGGCUCUGGUUCAUGUUUAGUUGCUUUUAUAGAGGAUGAAGGAGCUGGGUUGGGUCAACUGUUAGUCACGAACCUUUAAAUAAAGCAGCUGAUU